UGGUAGGAUUAGCUUAGUUGGCACAGAGAGCAGGUGCCAGAAGAGGAGGAGGAGACGGACCGACAGACGAAGGGAUGGUGUCGCUGAAGCUUCAGAAGCGGCUCGCCGCCAGCGUCCUCAAGUGCGGCAGAGGCAAGGUCUGGCUGGACCCCAAUGAAGUCAACGAAAUCUCCAUGGCCAAUUCUCGCCAAAACAUAAGAAAGCUGGUCAAGGAUGGUUUCAUCAUCAGGAAGCCUACCAAGAUUCAUUCAAGGUCUCGUGCUCGCCGGAUGAAAGAGGCCAAGCGAAAGGGCCGCCACUCUGGAUAUGGUAAGCGCAAGGGUACAAGGGAGGCAAGGUUGCCUACAAAAGUUCUUUGGAUGAGGAGGAUGAGAGUGCUUAGGCGCUUGCUUAGAAAGUACAGAGAGUCAAAGAAGAUUGACAAGCACAUGUAUCAUGACAUGUACAUGAAGGUCAAGGGUAAUGUUUUCAAGAACAAACGUGUGCUAAUGGAGAGCAUCCACAAGUCCAAGGCUGAGAAGGCUAGAGAGAAGACCUUGUCUGAUCAGUUUGAGGCUAAACGAGCAAAGAAUAAGGCAAGCAGAGAGAGAAAGAUUGCUAGGAGGGAGGAACGUUUGGCCCAGGGGCCUGGAGAGAGACCUGUUCAGCCAGCAGUAUCAGCACCUCCAGCACAAACAGCUCAGGUAUCGAAGAAAUCAAAGAAGUGACUGAAUGAGAAGAGGGGGGCAUUUGUUGCGCUGUAUCAUCGUUAAGUCCUUCAUAGUGUUGCAAUUUAGUGUUACUGGCUGCGUACUGUUGUUUUGCUGUUCUUUCUUGAAAAUACUCUGUUACCCAGAUUUAGAUGGAAGGAGUUUUUGGAAUCUUAAUAUUAUGCACCAAUUGUGCCUUGGUUUCUUUA